CUCCGCGGUGAUUCGAGAUGUUCGAAAUUCAAAAGUCUAGUAACUUGUCGGCCCGCGCGUGUGGCAGCAGUGACUCUUGGCCAGCCUGUCUCGCUGAACAGCAGGGAGAGCUAGUGGUGGGGUUGAGAAUGACAAAGAUGGCAGCAACCAGUGAAGAGCGGAGCGCUAUGGAGCCUUCAGGUACAAAUUCAGGGCAAAGUCAGCCAACCGAUCGUUUAAAGAUGCUCUACCCGAUGGUGAACGAAGAAGAAACGCCGCUGCCGCGAUCCUGGAGUCCAAAGGAUAAGUUCAACUACAUAGGCCUGUCGCAAAACAACCUCCGUGUCCAUUACAAAGGUUAUGGAAAAACACAUAAAGAUGCAGCAAGCGUCCGUACUAUGCAUUCAAUACCGGCAGCAUGUGGCUUAUAUUAUUUUGAAGUGAAAAUAGUGAGCAAAGGUCGAGACGGUUACAUGGGAAUUGGUCUGUCCGCUCACGGCGUAAAUGUAAAUAGACUUCCUGGAUGGGAUAAAAAUUCUUACGGUUACCACGGCGAUGACGGGCACAGUUUUUGUUCAUCCGGAACGGGUCAGCCGUAUGGUCCGACAUUUACAACAGGAGACGUUAUUGGAUGCGGAGUAAAUUUGGUGGACAACACCGCUUUUUAUACAAAAAAUGGACAUCAUCUUGGAAUAGCGUUCACUGACCUUCCUCCAAACUUGUAUCCAACCGUCGGACUCCAAACACCGGGAGAGAUCGUCGAUGCAAAUUUUGGUCAGGCUCCUUUCGUAUUCGAUAUCGGUGACAUGAUCAAUGAGCUGCGUGUCAGAACGCGAUUGCAAAUAAUAGAUUAUCCAACGCCUGAUCAUGGCCAAGGACAAUGGCAGUCUGUCCUACAUAAAAUGGUAUCGACGUAUCUUGUCCAUCACGGAUAUUGCGCGACUGCCGAAGCCUUUGCCAAUAGCACUGGACAGGUCUUUGAGGAAGAGAUAAAUUCUAUUAAGAAUAGACAAAGAAUUCUAAAGUUGGUUUUAGCGGGACGAAUGGGUGAAGCUAUAGAGCUAACAACCAGGUUAUACCCUGGUCUAUUAGAUCGAGAUCCAAAUCUUAUGUUCGCCCUAAAGUGUCGUCAAUUUGUCGAAAUGGUAAAUGGUAGUGAUUCAGAGGUGUGCCAGACUAGCGGCAGCGAAAACCAAACUAGCGUUAUACAAUCGACCAAAGCGUAUAAUACAAAAACAUCGACAAACGGUAGUGUAGAAGAAAUGAACUUAAAUAAUACUCUGAAUGGUGCUGGCGAUCAACAAAUCAUCAAUGGGCAAAUCGAGGAUGAUGUCGACAUGGAAGAAAAUAGUCCAAAUGGCAUCAAUGGUGUCAAAACUGGCAACGGAUAUCAAAAUGGCGACCUAAACACUAACGGACACAAGUGUGAAAACGGGGGCUUUGAAGAUAUGGAGGUAGACAAUUCAAAUCAAAAUCAGCAACAAAAUGGCAGUAGUAGUAACAACGUUGAUAAUCCGAGCAGUAAGAGUAACAAGAAAUUACUGUGCGGAGGUAACAAACAGGCGGUCGAAAAGAUGUUGGAAUUCGGAAGGCAGCUGUACUCCCAGUCUAUACACCUAAGGCAACAGCACGGUAAAAAUGAUGCGAAUAAAAAAAUGCUCCAAGAUGCAUUUAGCUUGUUGGCAUAUUCGAACCCGUGGAGUUCACCGGUAGGGUGGCAAUUGAAUUCCCAACAGAGAGAAACUGUCUGUGAUAGGCUGAACUCCGCGAUACUUGAGUCCAGUAAUCUACCGCGACGACCCCCACUUGAGGUUGCCGUGUCACAUGCCAGAGAGUUAGUUCGCUUAAUGUCAAGCGCGGGUCUUGGUGCCUGUGGUUUUGCUGUCGUGGAUAAUAUUGUUCAAUAUUGACGGUCCCGACCCCUGCUCCACCGGCCGCCUCUUUUGCCCGCUCGAGUGUGGGUACGAAGGCGAAACGUGGAGCAGAUUGUUUUGCUAACUCAGCAACAUCGCGACAUCGCGUUCCUCUUCAGAUAGAGCGAUCCGAUAUAUCGUCGAUCUUGUUGUUAUGGGCUCGAUCUCACUACAAACAACAAUAAAAUAUUAUAUAUAUAUAUGUAUACAUACAUUCAGACCUGCCAACCAAAACAUAACGAUACGGUUUUUUAGCUCCAAACGAUAAAUUGCUUUCUUAGAGAUAUAAAGAUUAAAAACAAACGAAAAACCAACUAAAAAACGCAUCUACGGUGACUGUCGUCAUAGACCAAUUUAAUUUUUUUUUUUUUUUUUUCUUCACCUCGUUCCCGGAUUCAUCUCGUUCAAAAUGUAUCUUUUUUUUCUUUCGUUUUGUCAAUCGCAAUUGAUUGGCGAAAUUCUCAAGCAGGCCGAGAAUUAGCAAAAAAUAAUAAACUUAUAUUAUCUUCUCACGUAGUGCUUUUUUUUUUUUUUUUGUUCCCUUAUAUGUCGUUACUUGUUUCUUUUUUUCCGUAAUAUUCAUCGAUUGUCCCGAUACAACGAUGCGUUAUACAUUUUCGAAAUGUGGCAUUGAUCGUUUAUGAUUUAUAAUUCCUUAUUAAAAAGAAAAUAAUUUCUCACUGAAUAGUUUUAGACUUUAUAUAUGUACGUUACGUUUAUAAUUUCACUGAAACGAACGAAGGAAUAAUGAAUUGGAAAUUGAAACGACUAGAAAUUCUGGGGGCGAGGAACUAUAAAUAAUGUUUUUUAAAAAAAAGUACGAAAACAAUACAUUCAUUUAGAGAGAAUAAAAAACAAAAAACUUCAAUUGAACAACAAGUAAAAGAAAACAAGGUCUUAUGUUUAUAUAACUAAUAUACGAGUACGAUGACACCAUAAAAGAGAAGCAAAAAAGAGAAACGAAGUGAAAGCAAGAAAAAUUGAUUACUUAACUAUGAAUCGAACCCGUUACUCUAUACUAAGUAAUUGUUUUUUAUAUGCGACAUAGUAUAUUAUUAUAUUGUAUAUUAUUAAAAGAAAGUGAUUUAAAGAAAAAAAAAAAAGAGCAGACGAAGAAGAAGAAGAGACGAUGAAGAAUAAUGUGAAUACCGCAUGCGGAUAGGGGAGUAAAAGCGUGC